ACAAACAACAUGAUAGACACGCUCUCCGAUAGGUUUUGGCAUGCGGCCUCCAAGUUUGCUUCUUUCACAUCCUCGAUUUCUUCUGUUCUCGUUUCCCCUUGGCACAUGCCGUCAGGCAACAACGCAAAGUCUUCAUCAACAAGCUCCAGCCAAAGGCGGAGUAGUAAAGAAUUUAUGAAAAGUAGAGGUUACCACGACAGCUUUUCAAGAGCCGACGAAAUGUACGGCAACGAUCCUGAUCACCCAAAUGAAGGAAUACUGCUCGUGGAUGAAAAGCUUGACGGAGUCACACUUUUUGAUAACGAUCAUGACGAUGUAAGCCUUCCCGAAGACGCAAGUCUGGAUUAGUAAAGAACUUCCGUAAUCGAUGUAUCUAUAGAUGGCGGUGAUGUUCCUAUGUGCAAAUGGCAUCUCUCCAAAUUCUGGACCUAGCUGUACUCCUGUAGGAAAUACGUUAUGCCGACAAAGGCCACUGCAUUCUGAAUCGAAGUUGGUACUAGGAGUAGAAACUGCAGAAUGACGCCAAAAAAUGCCAGUCCAAGAACAAUUGGUGAGUUCCAUCCGUAAUGCGGCCAAAGUGCCACAUUGAAUGCCAGCGACGACAUUAGAAGCAGAAAGAGGACUGCGUGUGUUGUUUGCCUGAAAUUCUUGUAGUUGACCUCCGUUUUCUUUAUUCGACCUUCAAAAAGUUCCACAUACGCUUUAAUCGAAAGAAUAGCUAUUCCGAGCAACGUAGAUUAACAUAAAUAAGUACACGGUGCCACCAAACAAAUGCUUCCACAAAACGUCAACACAGCAACGUACCGAUUGUACCAGCAAGGCCGAUCUUGAACCAUUCGUGGCUAACAUGUGGGGAACCCAUGAUGGCUCGGUAGAAGUUAAGAUGUUGCAGACCAUAAACGCUAACGCACAUAAAGAAAAUGCGCUUCAUUUUAAAAAUGUAGGCAUUUUCCGGUAGAUCCGGGCCGGGGCCUGUGUACGGAUUGCUGGGUGCUGCCCCAGGUCUUCGCUGUACGUUUCCUUCAAUGUCUGUACUCAUCGUGGUUGGUGCUCAGUCUUUAUGUGCGUCUGAUUCUGCGAGCAGACUGUGUGUAGUCUAAGAAAUUCUUAUGUAGGCGCUCUUGUUGAUAGCAGUAGGAUGAGCAACCCAUUCAAAGUCUUUA